UUAUCAUCAAUACAACGAGAGAUCUUGUAGACAUAACAGCGUUAUUCAAUUUUCAGACAAAUAAUGAAAAUUCUUAUAAUCAAAACUAUAUUAUUUUACUAUUCAACUUUAUUAUUUGGUGUCCAUUGUGAGGAUGGGUGGGCGCUAGUCGGUAAUCCGCUUUUACACGCGUAUCCUUGUAAUAAUGUCACGGACAUAACCAUAUCUUUUGAACCGGGAAGACCUCCGGGAGAAGAGAACCAAUAUAAUGUUUUUAUUGGUAAAAGUGUACCGAGAUAUACCAAAAUUAAAUUGAAAUUCGACACCGAAGCUGUUGUUACACUUUUCGACUCAGCAAAAGCAAGAAUAUCUGUUCAAAAUGAUAACGAAUUUACUAUCCAUUUCUUCGAUAACGCAGACUCCGUCGGAUUCACAGUGAGAGGUCCAGUCACGGGAACCGUACCGUACUUUGAGAGUUUAAAUAUCAACACGGUGGAAUAUUGUAAGUCACCAAAUAAGGGUUACUUGGAUAAUUUAAUUAUUGGUACAAAAGUUUCUGCAGAAAGCCAUUUGAAAGUGCCCGAUGGUUCGUGUGGUCGUAGAAAAGUUGAACACACAGAACUAAUUGUGAACGGAGCGGAUACAAAGCCAGGAGACUGGCCGUGGCAUACAGCGUUAUAUAGAGUCAAAAGAAAUCUUAUAAAAUACAUCUGCGGUGGAACUCUUUUGUCCAAAACCUUCGUGUUAACAGCUGCCCAUUGCACGUCUGUUAGAGGUCAACCGGUCGUACCGGAGACACUAAACGUUGUUUUAGGUAAAUAUAAUAUCGCCGGCGGAGACUUGGAAGCUCAGGAAAAAACUGUCCAAGAAAUAAUAGUUCACGAUAAUUUCGAUGCAAAACAAUUGCACAACGACAUAGCUUUAUUGAAGUUAACCUCUGAAGUACGGUUUAAUGAUUACGUACAACCAGCUUGUCUAUGGUUCCCCACAGCGGUUGAAAAGCUGCCUAAUAAAGAAAAAAUCAUAGGCACUGUGGUAGGAUGGGGAUUCGAUCAGGACAAUGCACUAUCAACUCAACUCCGACAAGCGACGAUGCCUCAAAUAUCUGAUUCCGAUUGUAUUAAGAAGAAUCCACUUUUCUAUUCAAAAUUGUUGAAUAAUAAAAAGUUCUGCGCCGGUUUUGGUAAUGGAACAUCAGCUUGCAAUGGGGACAGCGGAGGUGGUUUCCAUGUGUUUGUACCAGAUGUGACUGGCAGUGACUUUGCCAACGCGACUGGUGCCUGGUAUGUCUACGGCAUUGUGUCUUUAAGCGUCUCCAGAAGAGAUAUGCCAGUAUGCGAUCCUAACCAAUACGUAGUCUUCACGAAGAUCGCAGAAUACAGAGGUUGGAUUCAAAAAUAUGUGAAAUAAAUUUCAGCAUUAGUUAAAUUACUUUGAAGAAUUUGAUGAGUAAAUGAGUAA